AACUCGUAAUGCGUUUGACGGGACUUGUCAGGCUACGUCACCGUGUCGGGAGGAGGAGAGGCGUUGGAGCCUGAGUUUCGCCCCGGUUGUCAUUCCCAGAGGAAGAAGAGGGUGUGAUCGACAUUUACCUGUCGGCAGUGUUACCUGGUGGUGCUCUUGUUGUGACUACAUGUCGGUCGUCGAAUUUCACUUUGUCGUGGGACGUUAAACACUGGCUUCACUCAGGAGUAAAGCGGAGAAGGCAUUAAAGGAUGCGAAGAAGAUCCUGACUCGUGGCCCCAACAUGAGUGUGACAUCAUGGUUCCUGGUCAGCAGCUCCGGCACACGCCACCGGUUGCCACGGGAGAUGAUCUUUGUCGGCCGGGAUGAUUGCGAGCUAAUGCUGCAGUCUCGUAGUGUGGACAAACAGCACGCUGUGAUCAACUAUGACCCCAACACAGACGAGCACAUGGUGAAGGACCUGGGCAGUUUGAACGGGACAUUCGUGAAUGACCUAAGAAUCCCAGACCAGACGUACAUCACCCUGAAGCUCUCAGAUGUCAUCCGAUUUGGUUAUGAUGCUCAUGUAUAUAUCCUGGAGAGGAGUCAACACAAGGUCCCAGAGGAAGCUCUUAAACAUGAGAAGUACACCAGCCAGUUGCAGCUUGGUUUAAAAGCCCUGGAGGCCAAGGCGAAGGAAAAACAGCAGCUCCAGAGCUCAGAGAAGAGCAAAGACUCUCUUUCCAAUAUCAAACAGCAGGAGAGGGCUGAGCGAAGAGCCCACUCUCUCACAGCUGCCACAGAUUCUCCAAUAUCCAAGCCUACUCCUCUGUAUGGCCAGCCGUCGUGGUGGGGGGAGGAUGAAGACCCAGCCAACAAAAAGCAGAACAGAGGUGGAAAAUCGCCAGAGCAAGGGUCCCCAGAGCCUGGUAAAGAUGUCUCCAGAUAUGAGGUCAACGGUUCUCUGUCCGACAGUCAGGCCAAGUCCAUCUUCUCCUACCGCCGGGAGCCUAGCUACUUUGAGAUCCCAACAAAGGAGUUCCAGCAGCGACCGACCAAAAAGCCAGAAUUGCAAGUUCACGAGGUUCCCACAAAGGACACCCCCGAUCCCACUCAGUGUGUCCCUUCCACCCCAACUCCUCCUGUGGUCCAAAGCCAUGCCUCCUUCACCAUCGAGUUUGAUGAAUGCACACCGGGUAAAAUGAAGAUCAAGGACCAUGUGACCAAGUUCUCUUUCCGUCAGCAGAGAAAGCUACCCUUCACAGAGGUCGUUACCACACCCACUGAAGUGAUGUCAGCGGAAAGCAAAGUUGCUGACUGGCUGGUCCAAAGCAACGCUAGCAUGAUGAGGAGGAGGUCACAAGCUGAAGACACGUACAGUACAAACAGUGACCCAUCACUUUUGAAGAUCACCAAGGCAAACCACCGUGAAGAUGGCACUCACAGUGAUUCAGGGGAUCCCGCAACCAAUGGAAAUGAUUAUCUCCAAUCAGAACCUCAGGCAUCUCCACAACCACUGAGAACCACCCCGCCACAACGCUUUGCCUCCCCUGACUCUGAGGAGCCCUCCUACUCUCCUCCAGAGUCACAGUCCCUUCCAUUUCUUGGUAAGGCUGAGCCUCACCAGGCCUUUGUUAUUGAAUUCUUUGACGAUAACCCCAGAAAGAAGCGCUCCCAGUCCUUCACCAAUAACAGCUCCCCGCCUGAGCCCUCAGGCCUCAGGGUCCAGAUGGAGAAGGGAAGGAAGAGCUCAAGCCCAACUGGGGAGAGACAUGUCCCACCGUCAGCCUGCACCACUCCCCCAACCCAACGAUAUACUGUCCCCCUGAAGGGACCUGCUUCCACAGGUCACCAGAGAGCUGGCUCUCUACGAAGGGAGAAGACAGAGGACCGAAUGAGCACCAGCUUUUCCUCCUGCUCUUCAUCCUCUGUCUCUGUAAGGCCUUUUAGCAGUGUGGGCCGGAGAUCCAAACUCGCCCAGGAGUUUACCGCUGAAUGGCUCAAACAAACAAAGCAGGCCUCUUCUGCCAGCUGGGAGAAAAAUACAUCUAGUUCCCCUACAUCAGCUAAAACAGAGGCAGUGUUGAGAUCACAGUCCAGCCCCCCUCCAUCAAAUGCUCCCUACCAGCCCCAGACUUCCUCUCCUAUCCACAAGCCUGUUCCCCUUAAGGCCCCUGUGAUGCCCUCGGCAUCUCACAGUGUGGAAGUCAAAAGCCCCCCCUUCAAACUCAGAAAUGAAGAGGAGGACAGUCUGAGUGAUGCAGGAACCUACACCAUUGAAGCAGAUGUUCAUGAUAAAGAGCUGGAAGAUGCACGGAGCAAGAUUGACCAGGUGUUUGGUGUGGUUGAGAGCCCAGAGCGAACCAACCAGAGUGAAGCAGAAACAUCAUCAGCAUUUAGGCCUGUUAUUGGUCAGGGCAGGGAGCAGCAUAGACAGAGUAGAAGUGGGCAGGUUCAGCCAGCAGGUGCACUGAUACAGGGGGCUCCAAAGUGGAUGUCUUGCUGGGCCAGCUUGGCAGACAGCUACACAGAAUCUGGCCCUUCGUCUGGCCUCUUUGACAUCCCUUCCCAGAUGGAGCUGUCAGGAGGGGGUACAAUCAACCACAAGGCCACGCUCAGCCGAAGCCAUGACAGUACAGACUCGAGAGCUCGACGCAUCCUGCCCCAAGUACCAGUGGGGGAGAAGAGUGACAUUCCAACUCCCAGCAUUCAUGUUCAUUAUGACCCUCAUUCAACAUUCAAUGUAGAAGAGAAUAGCUCUGUGGCUCCCAGCUCUCAGGACGGUGUUCACAGGUUGUCAGUGCAGGACGACGUGGAGCCUGACAGCCUGAGUGACGCCAGCAAGUCCGAUGAUGGUUCCAUCAUAGAGCAGAGGAGGAGACCGCUGUCGGACACAGAGGAGAAGAGCGAGGAGACCCCCAGACUCCCAGCCAAGUCUACGUCAUUCUACAUCGGAUCAGAUGAGGCUGUGUCCAAACCUGAAUAUGGAGACUCAAAAUCUAGCACUCCUAAGACUGAGAGAAAACACGCAACCAAAACUUUCUCAACAGCCACCCUGACCAAACAGAGAGGCAGCCAAGACUCUGGAAAAGUCAAGCCCAGCUUGUCGGCUCCUGUUCUGGACCAGAGGACACCGAGUCCAGAGUCCAAAGAGGGCACAGUAUCUCCAUUAAUCAGACAAGAGAGCUUCACCAAGGAGCGGCCUAGCAAUGCCAAAUUGCCCAACAUUUCUAGCCAGCCUCCUCAGAAGGACCCAGACACUGAAUUAUUCCAGGGAGUCUCCAAUCAGGAUACUCAUUCUUACCUCAAAGAGACAGAGGAUGUUCUGGCUGUUCUGGAGGCCAAACUCCAAGCAGGACAACCAGAAACCACUCCGUCUCCAAUAAUGGACUCUCUUUCUGGGGAGUCUGAUGUGGAUACAUCCAGUACAGUCAGCCAGCAUAGCAGUAAGACCAAGCCAAACACACUCACAAAAAAACUUUCUAUUAGUGGCCUCCAAAGGGAAAGGUCUUCAGCUAGUAUAGCUAGUCAGGGCUCAAAUCACCAGUCCAUGUCUUCAGAAAAGCGCCGUUCUCAGGGAGCAGAAAGCAACAACAAAACUGAGUCUGUCAGGAGGCCAGUUGGACUGAGGCGUAGUGUUGGGAAAUGUGGUUCCACAGACCUAAGUGAUGACCCUCAUAGCUUACCUUACUCUGAUCAGGAGUCUAAUACCUACCAAACCCGCAAAAAAUACACGGUGCCUCUUCAGAAGGAGGAUGCCAAGACUUCCAGAGUGUCCCAGGCUUUGAGUCGUGCCAACAGCCUGUCAGCUCCAAGGCCAACCAGGGCUUCCAUGCUGCGUCGCGCUCGACUGGGAGAGGCCUCAGACAACGAGGGCACGGAGACAGACAGGCUGUCGCAGGAGGCCGGCAGCAUCCCAGCCAAGCAGCCCCAGGAGCCCAAGAAGCUCUCCAGGCUGGACAUGCUGGCGAUGCCUCGUAAGCGGACGAGCUCGUUCAACACACCCAGCGACACCGAGGCCUCUUCUGCUCCACAGUGGACCGGCAGGAGCUCAGGAUUCUCUAACCGUAGCACAGAGGCCGGCAGCAGCUCCGUUCGAAGGGCAUCUACUACGGUGAAACCUGCAGAAAGGCCACAGAAAGCAGCGCUCAGCAAGACCCCAAUCACCCGCGGACGUUCAAGCAGUGCCAAAUAUGCCAACAGCACAGCAAGCUCCAGGAGGCGACAGAAAGGCUCUGACUAUACUUCUACCUCAGAUGAGGAGUACGACUCAAACCAGAGCACUCCUAAACACAAACGCUCCCAACCUUCCUCAGCUUCCCACAGCCCACGCAAUCAGCCUCGGCCCCAGCCCGUGGUGGCCCUGCGUCCGAAGCCCCGCACCAGAGAUUCUGAGGAGGAGAACCACGAGGGAGACGCCUACCACAACUGGUCCACUCACAGUGCUGAGAUUGCACGGUUGAGUCAAGACCUGGCUAAAGACCUCGCUAUCUUGGCCAGAGAGAUCCAUGACGUAGCAGGUGAUGGUGAACCACAGAACCCUGACAUGGAGAGCAGCAGCGCACCUGUCUCCACGGUGACCGCUCACGAACAGCUGGUCCAGCGUAUUCCAGAGGCUGGAUUAAACUACCAGAGAGUCCCACCAGGUUCUGCCUCUACAAGGGAACCUGACCAGAGCGCAAGUGACCACGAACAGAACUCUAGGCAGCGAGCUCGCAGCAGAGACGAGGUCAUUGUGGACAAUCUGAUGCUGAGUCCAGUCUCUCAGAUCAUCGUGGCCAUCAGAGAAAACACAGAGCAACUUGCUGACAAAAUUAAGGUACUUUUCCAGGACAGGGUGGAUAUCUGGGAAGAAAUUGAGGCAAAGGUUAUUUCUGACAAUGAUGUCCCUGUUGUCAAAACCUCCAACAAGGAAAUCACGUCCAUCCUGAAAGAGCUCAGGAGAGUUCAACGACAACUUGAGGUGAUUAACACAGUCAUGGAGCCUGGUGGGCAACCUGAAGCAUCCAAGGCCUCAUCCUCUGUCGCCGCCUCCUCCUCGUCUGAAGGUCGGUCCUCCAGAACCUCUUCCUCGCGAGACUGGAGAACGGUCCACUCCGUCUCUAAACGAGGCGGUGGCCCGAGACCCGGCGAGGGUGUGAGGAGAGCAGCUGUGACACCGGACGAUCUCAGAGAGGGAUAUUUGGUCUGAUAUCUGACACGAACACACAGUGCUGAACUUCUGCCGUAACCCAAAGCACACAGGUGUCAGACCAUUGCGUGCAGAAUGAAACCAAGAGGGGGAAGUGAGACAGGAUACACAGAACUGAACCCUCCUGCACAUCCAACAUACACUACUGUACUGUGAGCACUACACACCUACACAGUCUGCGUUAAACACCUUUAAAAUACACUCUGUGGCUGGUCUACACAUGAGGUGAUUAUUUUAGGAAGAAUAAUACUUCCCUUCACCUCUGAAAGGCCUCACAGCUAUACUUGACUCUGUGUGUUAGAGAUUGUCCUCAUUAUUUACUGAUGACAUGACCAGCAUUGCUGAUUCUAAAAGCUCAUUAUAAUUACUGGGUUUAAUUGAAAACCAGCCUGAGCUUAAUCAACUCAGGGAAAUUUAUUAACAAAUAAAUGACAACAUUUUGAGGAAAUAUUAGUUCAUUGAUUUUUGUUUUAAGUAGAAACAAAGGCAGUAACAUUUCACAGAUGUUAGUGUGCUGCGUGUUUGUUUCCUCAGUAAACCCACUGCAUUUCUUUAUGUAUUUUUGUUCCUUGGUUUUGUCUUUGUUUGCCACUUUUCUCUUUUGUGGACCAGAUUUAUGGAAGAAUGUAAAAAGUAUUUAUUAGGGGUCUUUCGUGAGACACUGGUAUUUUGUAACCAAGACAACAUUACUUUGGGAGAGAGCUGGUUUGACUCUUAAGUGCCAGACCAAUACAUCUUACAUUACACAGUUGCCACCAGCCAGUUUCUUGUGUAUUUAUUGUGUUGUUUCCCAGUGGAGCGACUGUGUCCAAACCUUCUUCAGUACAUUUGACAUUAUCUAUUUUGCCCAGCUGGAGGCGAAUGCGUGUCCAAAUGGAAGUUGUGGCUGAGUCCAUGGUUUAGUCACCUGGCAACCAUGAACUCGAGUGGCUAUAAAACACUGCAGCAGCCAGUUUCCAAGCAUUCCUAUGCUUCUACCUUCUGAAAAGUGUGUUUUUAUUUGCACAGUUUCUGGGCUUGAAAUGUUUUUUUUUUUUUUCCAUUGUGCUGUCUUUCAUGCCUGAAGAGCACAGUUACCUCUGAAGGUUUGACAAUCAUAAAACAACUGACAGGGAUGUGUCUCAUUUAACUAUAUUUGUACUGAGCUCAUCACACUAUGCCUAAACCUCAGUAUGCUGGUGUUAAACACUAAGAGCUGUCAGAGCGCUGUGAUAAGAUGUGAUAUUUCCUCCGUCUGUGCAGUCACAAGUUCACUUCUGAUGGGUCCUCACAUGACAGGAGAAGUAAUGUCUUUUUAGGAUAGAAGUUGAUGAAUUGUGUGAAACUGUACGUCUGAUUAUUAGUUUGUGACAUUCUGUUGUUCAGUAUGUAAAGAUCUAAAGACAUCUAUCUGUAUAUCCUACAAAUUACCUCUCAAUCUUGUCUUUUGCACUAAUGUAGUACAGCAGUAGUCUCCCCUCGACCUGAUAUGCUGCAAAACUGAAAGCCUUUACUCUCUCUGUGACAGAUUGUAAAGUUGGGAGUUGAAACAGGAGAAAAAAAAGGCAACCCCAGUACACCAGCAAGUUUUUGUUUCCUUUCUUCCCAGUCCAGACGGUGCAUGUGAUUGUAAUUGGGAAGCACCUAUAAGUGCCACAGAGCUGCGUGGGGAUAAUGUUUCGUGCAGCCAAGUACAGUGGUUGUUUACAAACUCAAGCAUAUUUGUCCUUUCUUUGCUCUAAGUAUUGCUGCUAUUCAUCAUCUGUGGGAUAGUAAUUUCCCCUUUGCUUUACUUCAUCUAAGCCACAGAGAGUCAGAGAGCUAAAGCAUAAAUCUUGUGUGUCAAAUGUGUGUCCCAUUUUUGAUAUUAAGUUUCUGUUUCCACCACGUCUCCUCCCCCCUGAAUGAUUUGGUUGUAAUCUUGCCGUCUUGUUAGCUGGUAUUUAUGUUUGGUUAUUUGUGUAAUUUGUUAGAUGGUGAUUUCCAGGUUUGUUUGGUUUUUUUUUUUCAAAUAAAUUUGAUUAGCAAAGCUGC